AUGGUGUUCUCGCUCAUACGUCGCGUGCGCCUGGCUCUCAAUCCCCCCGCAGCCGUCGGGGCCACCGAGGCGCCUCUCAGGUUCGGCAUCCUGGGCGCUGCCAACAUAGCGCCAAUCGCGCUCGUCUGGCCGGUGAAGAACCACCCCGACGCAGUGGUUGCUGCUGUUGCUGCGCGAGACCAAUCGCGUGCGGACGCUUUUGCCAAGAAGCAUGCAAUACCAAAGGCGUACGGUGGUUCCAAUGCCUAUCAACAGCUCCUUGAUGACCCGGACAUCGACUGUGUAUACAAUCCCCUUCCGAAUGGCUUGCAUUAUGAGUGGACCAUGAAAGCACUCGCGGCUGGGAAGCAUGUCCUCUUGGAGAAGCCAUCCGCCGACACCGCGGAGGAGACGCGCAACAUGUUCGCUUUCGCCGAAGAGAAAGGGCUGGUCCUUCUAGAGGCAUUCCAUUACCGCUUCCACCCGUCUGCACGAAGAGCAAAAGAGAUUGUUGAGAGUGGCGAAUUGGGCGAUGUCACUGAAGUGGUCGCGAAGAUGGCUAUGCCUGGCGGGUUCUUCAAGGACGCGGACAUUCGUUUCUCGUACGGCCUCGGCGGUGGAUGUUACAUGGAUAUGGGCUGCUACACUAUGUCCAUCAUACGCCAUCUCUCGGGUUCCGAUCCUGUCCGAGUCGUGACUGCUAGUGCGGAGACAUCAUCUAAAUUUCCUAAGGUGGACAUCGGCACCACUGUAGAGCUUGCCCUUGCGCCGCCUCGUGAGGGGGCUGCCGAGAUCAAGGCUACAGCCGAAACACAUUUCAGGUUGCCUCCGCGCUUCGGCUUCAUCCCCCGAUGGCCCCAAAUGUUCGUGGAGGUGAAGGGGACCAAGGGCGAAUUGCAUUUUGAAUCAUUCCCGGGUUCGUGGGCCUAUCACUAUAUCACUGUGAAGACCAAAGACGCGGGUGGCAAGGUCCAUGAGCGGACUGAGAAGCACUAUGGCAUUGAAGGCUGGACUACCUAUCGGUAUCAACUUGAGGCGUUCGUGGAGAAGGUACGCGGCAAGGAACCAUUCCACUGGUUCGACGCAGAGGAUUCGAUCGCCAACAUCAACUGGAUUGAGAAGGUGUACGAAGCGACUGGCCUGGGGUCCCGCCCCGCGUCCGACUUCAAGCUACCAGACGCGUGA